GAACUCGGCAGCAGAGACGGUUGAACAGGAGCUGCUGUUUGUUGGCUCCGAGACAGGAAAACUCACAGCCAUGCGAGAGCUUGUGAAAAAGGGAUUUGCUCCUCCUGUCCUUGUUUUUGUGCAGUCUAUUGAGAGGGCUAAAGAGCUUUUCCAUGAACUUAUUUAUGAAGGCAUCAAUGUGGAUGUCAUCCAUGCAGACAAAACUCAGCAACAGAGAGAUAACGUAGUUCGCAGCUUCAGAGCUGGGAAGAUCUGGGUGCUCAUCUGCUCAGCCUUACUAGCUCGAGGGAUUGACUUCAAAGGAGUAAACAUGGUCAUCAAUUACGAUUUGCCAACAAGUGCAGUGGAAUACAUCCACAGGAUAGGUCGUACUGGACGAGCUGGGCACACAGGAAAAGCAGUCACUUUCUUCACAGAGGACGAUAAACCUUUAUUACGGAGCAUAGCCAAUGUUAUUCAGCGAGCUGGCUGUCCUGUGCCAGACUACAUAAAACACUUCCCCAAACUGCAAAGCAAACAAAAGAAGAAAUUCAUUAAGAAACCAUUGACAAGAGAAUCCAUUUGUACCACCCCUGAGUGCUUCUUGAAAAAGGCCAAAAGAAAAAUGAAAACUGCCAAGGAAAAUUUUAAGGGAAAAAAGAAAGCUAAAGAAGAUAAAAAUGUCAGUAAACUACAGACUGUUUCCAAAAGCUGA